AGGGGCGGGUCCUUGGCACCUCCUCCACGCCCGGCUGCGGACCCGCGGGGAUGUUCCCGGCUCAGGAGGAGGCUGACAGGACCGUGUUUGUGGGCAAUUUAGAGGCCCGAGUGCGGGAAGAGAUUCUUUACGAGCUGUUCCUUCAGGCCGGGCCACUAACCAAAGUGACUCUCUGCAAAGACAGAGAUGGAAAGCCGAAGUCCUUUGGCUUUGUCUGCUUCAAGCAUCCUGAAUCCGUGUCUUAUGCCAUAGCUUUGCUAAAUGGAAUUCGUUUAUAUGGAAGACCAAUUAAUGUGCAGUAUCGGUUUGGAAGUUCCCGCACUUCUGAACCAGCCAACCAAAGUUUUGAGAGCUGUGCUAAGAUAAAUUCACAAAGCUUCAGGCAUGAUGAAAUGGUGGGAAGAUCUUCCUUUCCCAGGCAGUUUUUCCCAAUUGCGAAUGCGGCCUUACCUCAAGAGUACUUUUUCUUUCAGAAAAUGUGGCACACACAAACUCCAGUGUUGCAGCCUCCUUUCUAUGACAUGGCAGCUCCACUUCCCAACUGUGCAUCUGGGCCUUGCUCCUUAAAUCACGCUUCAGACCUAGAGGCUGGACCCAGCUCCUAUGAAUGGACUCACCAACAACCAAGUGACCCGGACCCAUAUCAUAGGAAUAAACGAAAGAGGCAAAGGCAAGCCAGCGACAGCGACAGUAGCUCAGAAGACAAGAGAGGUAGCCAAAAAUGCCGAAAAUGUAAAAAGAAGAAAAGAUUCUAGUGAUCUGUAUCAGCACUGCCCUCAACUCUCUCUAGAAAAAAGAAUCUGUUGUAACAAAUGACCAAUUGCUUGGCCAUCUUGUCUUUUUCUUUUUCAAAUAUAUGGAAAUAUGACUCUGUGAUUUGCUAUUCAGUUUGCUGUUCUUGCACUUGGAUGAUAAAAGCCUUUCAACAGUAAUAUAAUGUACUACUCUUGUAUUUGCAAGGUUGCUUUUGGCCCAUUAUCAAGAAGAAUACACUUUACAUCAUCUUAUUUCAGUGCUGAGGAUGAAAUUUCACUAAACUCUAAGGCCACUCACUAAACCCUUGACUGUUAAGCUCCAUGCUCUCCUUAGAGUCUCUCCAAAGGCUGUCAGCCACAGGUGGGCCAGCCUCAUAGGUAUAUCUGCAGGUUACUUGAAAGAAGUAAUGGGCAUAACUAAAAACAAUGUGUUCUAAUGGAUGUAGUGAGGAGGUUUCAGUUCCCUUUGUACCUGACACUUUACCUGUUAUGUCUAACAUGAUAUCUCUGAGGGUCACUAUCAGGUUGAUUUCAUAGACCACGUGAUACCAAAGGAAAAAUAAUUGCCAUAUGCUCAGUAUCAUAUGCUUAAAUGGAAUGCAUAUGACUAUUCACCCUUUCUGUGAUUUUAUUCGGCAUAUUGCUAUACAUAACAUUUAUUGUUUGUAAUGAGCUGAUGGUAUCAGUAUCUACGUUCUACUUUUGCCAGCAAGGGUGGGAAGGACAUAGUGAAUGUGUGAAUUUCCAGGAUGAGAAGGUGUAUGCAAUGAUGAUGCAUCAUCAUAUACUAUUAAAUAUAUGAUUGUCCGAGUCUAAAUUUUUAAUUCACUUCUUUUAGAAGAUAAAUGUACAACAUGUAAAAUGAAUGAUGUACCUCAACACUUUCAUUAAUUUAAUAGCUUGGCAUAAAUUAACAUGAUGAAAAUCACAUAUUUAUUAAAGCUAAUUGAUAGAAUCACGAAAACCCAUUAGCCCUUAUCUACUCAGUUAAUAGAAAAAACACAUAAUGGGUGUUAAUUUUGCAUGUUGCUAUACUUUUUCACAGAUAUUAUUUAUUUAAAAGAAUAAAAAUAUGUUUAACCAGACAAAUAACUGAGUUUUACUCUUGGUAUAAGUAUACAAGAUCAUUGUGUUUAUAACAAAUACAAGCCUAUUUCCUUUGGAUCAAUAUGAAAACCUAAA